AUGUCGGCGAGACUCCCGCAGGUCCCUUUGGGGCAGCAGGGCAUGAUGGUGUCGGCGCAGGGUUUGGGCUGCAUGGGCAUGAGCUUCUUGUACAAGGGCUACGAGGGCAAGGAAGCGCAGUCGGAGGCGCUGGAUGUCAUUGACAAGGCGCUGGAGCUCGGGUGCACGUGCCUGGACACCGCGGAAGUUUACGGCCCUUACACGAACGAGGAGCUUGUGGGGCGUGCAAUCAAAGGAAGGGCCGAUCAGUUUCAAGUCUGCACGAAAUUCGGCUUCAUCUUCAAGGAUGGCGACUUUGCCGGUUUCGACUCGACUCCAGCCAAUGUGCGGAAGGUCUGUGAGGAGAGCAUGAAGCGACUUGGAGUCGAUUGCAUCGAUCUCUUCUAUCAGCACCGUGUGGAUCCUAAUACGCCCAUUGAAGACACCAUCCGUGAAUUGAAGGCUCUCGUGGAAGAGGGGAAGGUGAAGUACAUAGGUCUUUCGGAGGCAAGUGCUGCAGACAUUCGAAAAGCGCAUGCCAUUCACCCAAUCACCGCCUACCAGCUGGAGUGGUCUCUGUGGACAAGAGAUGCAGAGAAGGAGAUCAUACCCACCUGCAGGCAACUGGGCAUUGGCCUCGUUGCUUACAGCCCCCUUGGGAGAGGUUUCUUGACUGGGGCAAUAGCAAAGCCGGACGACCUAAGCGAGGAUGACUGGAGACGGUCAAACCCACGGUUCAGUGCUGAAGCGAUGGAAAAGAACAAGGCGUUGGUCGACAAAGUGAAGGCGGUUGCUGAGAAGAAGGCUUGCACGCCCGCCCAGGUGGCACUUGCAUGGGUGCACCACCAAGGGAGUGAUGUUGUGCCGAUCCCUGGGACAAAGAGGGUCAAGUACCUACUUGACAAUGUUGGUGCAUAUUGGGUGAAGCUUUCGCCAGAAGACAUGGAGGAGCUGGAUUUUGCAGUGGAAGGCGUUGCUGGUGAUCGUUACAAUACUGAGAACAUGAAGGACUAUACGUUCCACUACGAUGCAACCUCCGUUUGA